ACAGUUUAUCUAAUGAGCAGCGCAGCACGAGUCUAUAAAUUGUGGGAGACGUCACUCCCAAGUGUUCAUUCACUAGUAAUAAGACGCACGUUGAACAGACAUCCACCGAGCGCAGCGCAACACUGAUGCGCCAAGUUAAGUACCAAAACAAGACAGUGGUGUUGCGUCGUCCUGCACACACACGCCGACGUAACCAGUGUGGAGUACUGUACUGUACUACUGUGGAAGCGAAGAGGAGAACAGCGCGAACAGAGAGGGAGAGGGGACAGAAUAUGGAUAUUGGUCUUUCGUUAAACCUUUACCUCUUUUGGAUAACCUGGGAAUUCUAAACAUCUUUUGGCAGGUUGGAGCAUCCAACAAAGAUUCUAAUUACGGAAAAACAACGAAGUGGAACGAGAAGAAGGAUUUAUAUUUUGUUCUUUCUGCUUUUUUAUUUGGUCCCCCAACACUUUGGAAUAGUGGGCUUUGGAAUAUAGGGGAUAUAUUGGCGGGUGACGCGUGUGCCCUGGAUAAGCGAGAAGGAUGGCAGCUUGGUUCACUUUUACCAUCGCAUUCAGCACCACUGUACUGACACAGGUAUUUGGAUCCGGUGUUUUUGAGAUCGAUCUACAUGAAUUUAAAAACAGCAAAGGAUUGCUGGAGAAUGGCAACUCGUGCAGGCUCAACUGCAGGACUUUCUUUCGUGUUUGUCUUAAGAACUACCAGGCGGUCGUGUCGCCAGGUGACUGUAUCUUUGGAAAUUCCUUGACACCGGUGCUAGGGACCAACUCCUUUAGCGCCAUGGACCGGGGAGCUUUCAGUAGACCCAUCCGACUACCGUUCAACUUCGGAUGGCCGGGAUCGUUUUCUUUGAUAAUUGAAGCCUGGUAUUCACCUUCAACAGAUCUACCUGUUGACACCAGCAACCCAGAGAUGUUGAUUAGUUUCUUUGCCAUCCAGAGACAGCUGGGCGUAGGGGCCGCCUGGUCUCUGGAUGUUCAGAGCGUCCGACAGACGGAGUUAAGGUAUUCUUACCGCUUCAUCUGCAAUGACAAUUACUACGGAGAAAGUUGUUCCAAAAUAUGCACGCCAAGGGACGACCGUUUUGGCCACUACACCUGCGACCGCGAUGGCCAGUUGUCCUGUCUGCCCGGCUGGAAGGGGGAAUACUGCGAAGAACCCAUCUGCCUCGUGGGAUGCAGUGAAGGAAACGGAAACUGCUCCAGACCUGGCGAGUGUGUGUGCAGAGAAGGUUGGCAGGGUCUGUUCUGUGAUGAGUGUAAGAAGUACCCAGCGUGUAAACAUGGUACCUGUCAACAGCCUUGGCAGUGUACCUGUAAGGAGGGCUGGGGAGGGCUCUUCUGUGACCAAGAUCUGAACUUCUGCACACACCACCGGCCGUGUGUGAACGGGGCGACCUGCAUGAACACGGGUCAAGGCAGCUAUACCUGUACCUGUCCCCCUGGGUUCACUGGGGUCAACUGUGAGCUGGAGCUGCAGGAGUGUGACAGCGACCCCUGCAGGAACGGAGGACUCUGCACGAACCUGGAUGUUGGCUACAGGUGUUCGUGUCCGCAGGGCUUCGAGGGUUCUCACUGUGAACACAGCCUGCUGACUUGUGCCGACUCCCCCUGCUUCCACAGCGGACAGUGCCAUCAGAAGGACAACGGGCAUAGCUACAUCUGCGAGUGUCCUCCCGGAUACACAGGACUCAACUGUGAGAAGAGAGUGGACAAGUGCACAUCUCUUCCCUGCGCCAACGGCGGUCUGUGUUUGAUCCACGGUGGCGUGCGUCUGUGUAGCUGUCGCUCCGGUUUCACCGGCCAGCGCUGUGAGAUCAACAUCAACGAGUGUGCCGGGAACCCCUGCAUCAACGGAGGGACCUGCCUGGACCGCAUCAACGACUACACCUGUCACUGCCCCCAGGGGUACGUCGGACGAAACUGCGACCGCGGCCUGUACGAGUGCUCCAUCAACCCCUGUCUUAACGGAGGGCUCUGCACCGGGGGAGGGGGGCCGGGGAAACCCCCUGCCACCUGUAUCUGUCCCGUUGGCUUUACCGGAUCACGCUGCCAGUUCUUUGCUGUGACCCUGCCGGUGGGUGGGGAGAGGAUCAAUGGAGAGAGCCAAGAUGGCUUCCAGUGGGCGGCAGUUUCCUUGGCUGUAGGGCUGGUUGCAUUUCUGGUGCUGCUAUGCAUGGUUGGGCUGGCUCUACGGCACAUCCACAGGCGGACCGGCAGGGACAGGGGAGAUGGGGAGACCAUGAACAACCUAUCAGAUGUACAGAGGGAUAACCUAAUCCCCGCCUCCCAGCUGAAGAACACCAAUCAGAAGGUUGGACUGGAGGUGGACUGCGAAUCAGAGAAGUCAAACUUCAUCCAUAAGAACUAUCAAUUGGACUCGUAUAGUAACGCAAAGUCGAAGGAGUUGAACGAUGAUACGUCGCAAGAGGAUAGAAGCAAAAGUCAUGUGAUCUAUGACACGUGUUUAGAAGAGAAAAUACCUCUGAGUAGAAUGUACAGUGAAAAGUCGGAGUGUAGGAUAUCAACGAUAUGUUCCUCUCGAGACGCUCAGAUCUACCAGUCCGUCUUUGUUAUAGGAGAGGAGCGGAGGGCGUGCGUCAUAGCAACAGAGGUAUAAGCUGUAUGAAGAAGCGAGGGAGCGAUAGAGGAGAAACACAAUCGAGGCAGAAUUUUAUUUUAUUUUUCUUCUGGAUUGUUUACAAAAAAUCUGAGAAAAGACUGGAGACUGUUUCUGAUGUCACUGCCGAUGUCACUGCCGAUGUCACUGCCGAUGUCACUGCCGAUGUCACUAGUGAUGUCACUGCCGAUGUCACUAGUGAUGUCACUGCCGAUGUCACUGCCGAUGUCACUGCCGAUGUCACUGCUGCUCUGGAACACUUGAGAGAUGGCGAGAAAGAGACGAUGAGACAGAGACAGAGAUGGACGAACCUCCUCCUCUUCUCUGUAAACAAACUAAUGAACACUUUAUUGACCAAGUGUUUGUAUACAAAACGUGUCCAGUAGCGGUCAUGAACCUAUUGACUUCUGGGAACGGUUAUACAAAUGGUUAAAUCAACUGUUAAAAUGGUUAAGAGACUGACUGAACUUGAAUGUCAGCAAGCAAAACAACAAACUUGAACUGAACUCAUCUGUCCUUGGCAGCAAUGGAGGGGAGACUAGGUGAAACAGGACAAAUGGCCCGGAGCUCGUAGUUGACCCCUGACCUCUCAGUUGACCCCUGCCCGACCUAAUCAUGGGGACUUCGACAGCCAACUAAUCACAAUGGAGGUGCCUGAGAUUCAAUUGAUCUUUAACCCCUAGCCAGCAUCAUUCACCAGCUAUGCAAGACCCAAGGUCCAGGGUGGAGCCAACUCGCUGAAACUGACCAACCAACCGCAAACAACCGACUGACUAGUUGAUGAAAACCACAGACAAACCACGACAAAAAACUGAGAACGAUGAAUGUCUGACUGAACAAACGUCUCAACUGUCAGUCACUCCGAACAAACGCCUGGUCGGACUUUUCCAGACUUUUUCAUUCCAUGCAAAUGGGUGAAAACAUGCGGCCCAAAAUGACUAGAAGCCUAAACAAGAGUUUCAAUGCUAAAACUAAACACUUGUCCCUUCACGGAGCACUUGAACACCAAAAAGAAAAACACAGGUGGGGAAAAAAAUGUUUUUCCAUCAACAGGAAUUUGGAUACAUCCCAAAUGGAGCCCUAUUCCCUAUAUAGUGCACUACUAUAGACCAGAGCCCUAUUCCCUAUAUAGUGCACUACUUUAGACCAGAGCCCUAUUCCCUAUAUAGUACACUACUAUAGACCAGAGCCCUAUUCCCUAUAUAGUGCACUACUUUAGACCAGAGCCCUAUUCCCUAUAUAGUGGUACUACUAUAGACCAGAGCCCUAUUCCCUAUAUAGUGGUACUACUAUAGACCAGAGCCCUAUUCCCUAUAUAGUGGUACUACUUUAGACCAGAGCCCUAUUCCCUAUAUAGUGGUACCACUAUAGACCAGAGCCCUAUUCCCUAUAUAGUGGUACUACUAUAGACCAGAGCCCUAUUCCCUAUAUAGUGGUACUACUAUAGACCAGAGCCCUAUUCCCUAUAUAGUGGUACUACUAUAGACCAGAGCCCUAUUCCCUAUAUAGUGGUACUACUAUAGACCAGAGCCCUAUUCCCUAUAUAGUACACUAUUAUAGACCAGAGCCCUAUUCCCUAUAUAGUGCACUACUAUAGACCAGAGCCCUAUUCCCUAUAUAGUGCACUACUAUAGACCAGAGCCCUAUUCCCUAUGUCGUGUACUACUAUAGACCAGAACCCUAUUCCCUAUAUGGUGCACUACUAUAGACCAGAGCCCUAUUCCCUAUAUAGUACACUACUACAGACCAGAGCCCUAUUCCCUAUAUAGUGCACUACUAUAGACCAGAGCCCUAUUCCCUAUAUAGUGGUACUACUAUAGACCAGAGCCCUAUUCCCUAUAUGGUGCACUACUAUAGACCAGAGCCCUAUUCCCUAUAUAGUACACUACUACAGACCAGAGCCCUGUUCCCUAUAUAGUGCACUACUUUAGACCAGAGCCCUAUUCUCUAUAUAGUCACUACUAUAGAACCCUUUGGACUCCCAAGUGGCGCAGCGGUCUAAGUGCUAGAGUCGUCACUACAGACCCUGGUUCGAUUCCAGGCUGUAUCACUAACCGACCCAGCGUCGUCCGGGUUAAGGUUUGGCCGGGCGCAGGCCGUCAUUGUAAAAUAAGAAUUUGUCCUUCACUGAUUUGCCCUCGAUAAAUAAAAACAAUAAUAAAAAAUAGUAGUGCACUAUAUUUAGGGAAUAGGAGGUAAUUUGGGAGGUAACCAAACAGCCCUGACAUGAAGGCAUAUAGAAAGACCCUGUCAUAUCACUGCCUGCCUAUCAUUUCUUUGUGAAAUUACAGAACCAAUGUCUUUUUUUUUUUUUUUUUACAUUUUGUUUAUGAUUAUUUCCAGAGUUUAAUUUAAAUAUUGAUUGACACAACUGCUCUUUAUAUGUUUUAUAAUAUUAUUUUGUAUAUAAUGGAUAUUUAUAAGGACAAAACUUCUGAAGAAUAAAAAUAUUUUUUUUUCCUUCA